AAGAUCCCAGUUUUUAAUAGACUACCAGCAAGCUUGUGGACACAAGAAUAUUAAAACUUGAAGGCUUGAAAGGGUUCUGAUAUUAGAAGAUGGACGAACGAUCAAUAUUAAAAAAUGAACGAACGACCAACAACGAUCACUUAUUUCGGAGUAAUUCUCCUGUUGAAGUAGAGAAUGAAGAUGAAAAACUGAUGAUUAGUUCAACAUAAUUUUCAUGUACCUUGCGUACAUGGAAUGUAAUGAAGAAGAUGCUGUGUUUUGUUCUCCUUGGGCUUGGUAACCUCCUAGGAAAGGCUUCGGCGGUUGCGCACUUUUUCGAUUCGUGGCUGUCUGCAGCAUCGCAAACGCAAGAGUUGACCAUUGCCAAGAUUAAGACAAGUACCCGCAACACGAUUUUGACCACCAAGAGGCAUAUAAUUUUUGUGAAGCAGGUAGAUUUGUAGUUUUUGUGGUACUUCCAAGCACAGCUCCUAACAAAAGCCGCAUCUCAUCGGAAUUUAUACACCGGUCGCGAAGUUAACUUCUCGAAUAUUAAAAAUGAUCUAGUUUGAUUCUACUUCUAACAAGUAGGAGAUGCGGCUUUUGUUAGAAGUAUCUAAGAUUAUCUAGUCGCAUUUUCCAACAAAAGCUUCGGUCCCUGACUGGUUGAUGUAUUCCGUGAUCAGAGGCUGACCGCAUUACGUCGUUGUUGAAUCUGUUUCGUCUUGCUGGUAGUCUAGGAUGACUAUUUGAGACGCGAAUAGUCAAUUUAUGUAUCUAUACGCAUUUUCUAACAAAAGCCGCAUCUCAUCGGAGAUUACGCCAUCGUUGGACCCUUGUGUUGAGGCCAAGAUUCAGACUAAGGUUCUGUCUGGAUUCGUCGAUCGGGAAGCCAAGUUGUUGGAAACUUAUCUUAAGAAGGCUGGAGAUAAAUCCGGACCAGGAGAACGGACAAGAACUCGAAAGAACCAUGUCCUCGAGGAUUGAAUUAAAAAUGACACUACUAACACUUGUUCUCAUGCGCUACAAUUAUUGUACUUACUUACUCGUCGGCUACAAUGAACAUUGUACUUUUUACCUGCUCGUCGAUCGGACUCGAAAACUGAAAAUAACCGAGUUACUGACUGAAAUAAGGGAGGUGGUAGCUUUGACAGGGCUACUCUUCCUUGUUAUCUAUCAGUAUCUCGCGUAUUUUCAGUUUUUCGAAUACACUUCUCAUCUAACUAUCGCAGCGUAGCAAGCGAGUGUAUGUUGCCGACGGCCGCGUAUGCUCCAGAGUGUGUCGCUCAACUGGAGGGAGAAGAAGCGCACCAAUCACGCAGUCCACUCAUCUGGUUGGCUAAUUGUAGUGAAAAUUAUGGUGCUGUGAGUUUAUGAGAACUAAGUUGUCGGAGACUGUGGCGACUAGACAUACCCGAGUCGAUCGCAAUGACGACCAUAGAAGCGCAACACACACAGAGCACAAAGAAAUCCAACGGGAUCGCACGCGUCGCCCGGUGUGCAUCGAAACGCGCAAAAACUAAGUUAUCUCGUCAGUGGUGGAAGAUGCCCACCGGAGACGUGCGCUGAUGACUACGAAUUCCCGAUAAUAGUUCAUAUCGCUCCUGUCGAUCUUCAAGAUUCACUUCUGAUAUAGUCAUUGUUUCGACUAAGUCUAAGAGCAUGGCCAGCUAGGGAUGAAGUUAUAAAUUUGUUGAAUCCUCGUCUUUUUUUCGCUCACGUUCUUGGUUUCCGUACAGAUAGAUUGUUCGAGACUCGAUGUCCUCGAUGAUUUCAUAUGUCGACCAAGACCAAGACUAGCGACCAAGAUCCCAGCGCGAACGUCUCCGUGGAGCCUGCUGCGGCCUGUGCUUUUGCACAAGCUAAAGUGCGGAGACAUGCCAAUUACUCUGCCGCAUUCCGAGAGGUGAGCUACUUGAUGCGUCAAAGUUUAAGGCCAACUACGACUGCUUUUGAGGAAAAUAACAUUUUCUCAGGGUGCUUUUGCGUGUUUCCUUCCUAUCCUCGAGAGCUCCUCUAAAGACUGCAGAAAACUGUCACGCUGCGCCGUUGCAGUGCAUUAAGGGCCUUCCCCUCUGCAUGGACCAAACAAGCAUCAUGUAAUGUUUUUCUCCUCACAUUGUUUUCUGCAUAGUGGUGUUAGUAGUUGAACUACUCAUUUUUACAGCAAGCUCUGGAUAUUGUAAUUUGAGAGCAUCUCUAGUAAUCUAUCAUGAGAUACGUUAAGACAGCGAACUUCACUCUACUACGUAUUGGUCUUUACACAUUCUACAUUCAUAAAGUACAAAACAGGUAUUGCUUCAAACAGUGUCUGCAGAACGGAAAUUACGACCAUAUCAAGGAUUCCUUCACCCUGCUGGCGGCGCUAGAGCAAGAUGGAAACGUGCGGCUCUUGAAUAGAUAGACUUACACUUCUUCAGACUCCGUUACAGCAUCGAUAGAAGUUACCCUUUCAUUCAGUUGUACUUACAAAGAAAAUAUGGAGCUGAGAACAAAUGUUCAGAAUCAGAAAUGUAACCGGUAAUUGUUUUUUCCUCGAGAUGCAUAGUCCUUCCAUUUUACCAUUCCAUUCGCCAGUGUAAGAUUAUAAUAUGAGGGAGACAACUUGGAUUCGGAGCUAGAAGAAUUUCAAGCUUCCUCGUAGUAGUGAAGGGUUCUUCACUACCUGAGCUCAUUGAUUGAGGCUUACGAUGAGCGUUUUUACGAUAAAACAGGUGGAAGAGUGAGACGCAACAUUUUUUAGUACGGAGAAUCAAUGCCCGAAAAUGUGAGAGUGAGAGAGGUUGAGACGAGCAAAGAAAACUACACGCUUG